AUGCCAGAGGCAGGUUCAGAUGAGAGUAUACCACCGAGCGAAGUUUUGGAACGGUUUGAUAGGGAUGAAUCAGACGAUAACGAUACUUCAAAGGAUUCUGAGAAGCUGAAAGUAGUUGAGACCGAUUCUGCGACUACGAAGGAUGAGCGCUCGAGCAUGAGCGGUCAUAAUACGGGUGACAACGGGGAGGAGGACGAGGAAGAGGAGGAAGAGGAAGACACCGAGCCUCCCAUGUUGAAGUAUACUCGGAUCACGAAACUCCCUAAGAACUUCUUCCAGAGGGAUUCUAUCUCUGCUUGCUUAUUCCAUGAUAAGCUGUUUGCAUUUGCGACGCACUCUGGCAUAAUCCAUUUGACGGAGCCGGACCUGACCACUAUUCGGACUUUCAAGUGCCAUCGGUCCUCUAUAAUGGCGAUUCACACGGACGGAGAAUAUUUUGCUACGGCUUCAAUCGACGGGACGGUUGUAGUCGGCUCCAUUGAGAACGCUUCUGAUAUCAUGGCAUUUGACUUUAAGCGGCCAGUCCAUUCUGUUGUUCUGGAUCAGAACUAUCGCACUUCCAAGGUAUUCAUUUCUGGCGGCAUGGCGGGCGAAGUGAUCGUUUCUCAGCGCAACUGGAUUGGGACCCGGGUAGACACCAAGGUAGAUCGCGACCACGGGCCCAUUGUAGGGAUAUAUACGGUGGACGAUAUUGUUUUUUGGAUGAAUGAUAGCGGUAUCACAUUCUACAGUAUAUCGAGUAAGUCCAAGCUACUUUGUGUCCCGUUUCCAACGGACGAUUCCAUUCGACCAGACUUAUAUCGUCCUCGGGUCCACUUUCCAGAAGUUAACACGAUCAUUGUUUGUUGGGGGGUAUCUGUUUGGACAUUCAAGGUAUCGCUGGCCAACCAAAUUGAUAGGCAAAAGAAACUAGGUUCUAUACUAACCACAGCGGCUUCUAGUCUCAGAGCUCUGCCUGAUAAGAAGGUAGAGCUGGAGACGUAUUUUAAAAUGGACUGUCUGAUUGCCGGAGUUGCAUCAUUUAAAGAUGACCAGCUUUUAGUUCUGGGGAUCAAUGCGUUUAACUCCAAGAGUGGUCCUCCAGAAUUAAAGGUCGUUGAUAUGCUUACAGGUGAAGAAAUACACAACGAUGAAAUCAUAUCCAAGAACUUCCAAAACUUGUCACUAAAUGAUUAUCAUUUAGGGAAAUAUAUUGGCGCCAAUACGCCAGAAUAUUACCUCAUUAGUGCCAAUGACGCAAUACUUGUCAAAGAACUCACAUUGGAAGACAGAUAUACAUGGUAUAUGGAGAAUCGGUUUUAUUUUAAAGCAUGGGAAGUUGGUCGUUUUGUGAUGAAUGACGUGGAUAGACUAAAAACUGGAUUGGCAUAUAUUAAUCAGAUAUUGGAAGAGAAAAAAUGGGAUGAGGCUGCCAAGAUGACGAAUACUAUAUUUGGAGCUUUCCCCUGGAAGUCUGCUGAAGAUGCUGCCGCGCGUCCGUUUGCGAGAAAUAGUUGGCAAGACAUAAUUAGAAGGUUUUUCGACGCCGAUAAAGUGAACUUAAUAGCACCUCACAUUCCUACGGAACCACAGUUGGAUACAGCUAUUUAUGAAACUGUAUUAUUCUUUUAUAUUGAUGAGAAUUCCAGCUCUCAACUUUCAGAAUACUCUAAGAAAUGGCCUUUUGGUUACUACUCCCCAGACAUAUUAGAAGACAAAUUAGAAGAUAAACUACGGGAUGUUGAGGGCGAACUAAGAAGGGAAUUCUGCCAAGCUCUCUGUCAUUUGUACCUGGUGCAUAAGAAAUAUCUGCCAGCAGUUGGGCACUUGAUUGAUAUGAAAGAUCCUGAGGCACUUGAUCUUUUGAUUAAAGAGGAUAUGCUUGUCACGUUUCUUGAUCGAUUAGUUGAAAUAAUAUUACUUCCAUACGCCGGCCCAGUUGAAGAGAUUAAUAAUCUAUCAUUGGGAGUGGCGCAAACUACAUUUUCCAAGCCUGUCGAACUCCUUGUGCAGAACCGAAACUCUAUUCCUAUGAGUCAAAUAAUUGAUACCUUUUCUCAAGAGCUACAGAUUAUACUAUUUCUAUAUUUCAAAGGGCUUUCAGCCGUUGAGCCGCUCAUGGCUGUGCCCUAUGAAACGCAGCUGGUCGAGCUUUAUGCACGUUUUAAACAGAGUGAGCUAUUGUCAUUUCUAAAAAAGCAUUCCAAUUAUGAUAUCGAUAGAGCCAUCAAAAUAUGUAGCCAAAAAGAUGGCUAUCAUCAGGAGUUGAUAUAUUUAUGGGGCAAAAUUGGAGAAACAAGAAAAGCCUUGUCGUUAAUUAUUGAUAAACUCAACGAUCCCGCAUUAGCGAUCUCUUUUGUCAUUGAUAGUAAUGACUCCGACUUGUGGCAUUUUUUGGUAAGUUAUAGUUUGGAUAAGCCCAACUUCAUAAAAAGCUUACUAGAGCAUCGAGAUGAGUAUGGCGAAAAAACUUUGGAGGUAAUGAAGAAAAUCCCACCCGAUACUGAGCUUGAUGAUGAUCUGAGAUUGAUUCUUGGUAAUAUCACAAGAGAUAACUGGCUGAGCCUUAGUGUUAAUAAGGGUGUCUUUAAAAUCAUCGAUGAUGAAACCAAAGAAGUGGCACUGGAAUUUUUGGAAACUAGAAGUAGGGGAAAGUUGUUUGAUGGUACUAUAAUUUGA